CUCGCAAAGGUCAGUAAGUUGCACAUUGCAUGCGCGCGGAACCAUCCCUUCAUUUCUGCAGACCCGUGUGAAUGUUUAUUUGUUUGUUAUAAGGGAUUUGAAUUGAAGAUUUCCCCUCAACUACUUUCUGGGGUUUCAUUGAACCUAUCGUUGGAAAAGGAACCAAAUGGCUGGGAUAUUGUUUGAAGACAUCUUUGAUGUGAAAGACAUCGAUCCAGAUGGCAAAAAGUUUGACAGAGUGUCUCGACUUCACUGUGAAAGUGAAUCUUUCAAGAUGGAUUUGAUACUCGAUGUAAACAUUCAGAUCUACCCCGUGGACCUUGGGGACAAGUUUAGAUUAGUGAUAGCUAGCACACUUUACGAAGAUGGCACUCCAGAUGAUGGGGAAUACAAUCCAACAGAUGACCGUCCAUCAAGAGCAGAUCAGUUUGAUUACGUGAUGUAUGGAAAGGUGUAUAGGAUUGAAGGAGAUGAGACGUCUACGGAAGCGGCCACUCGUCUAUCGGCGUAUGUGUCUUAUGGCGGCUUGCUGAUGAGGCUACAAGGGGAUGCCAACAAUCUGCACGGAUUUGAGGUCGAUUCACGAGUCUACCUGUUGAUGAAGAAGCUUGCUUUUUAAACACUUUUUUUCUAUUUUUGCCUUCCGGAUGGACUCCUAAUCCAGUGCAUUGAAAACAUCCUGAAAAAGACAGUACACCGGUAUUCAGAGGAUCAUGGACUUGCAUUUCUGGGGCUUGUUUUUGUAGAAACUCUUGAGUUUUCCAGGGCUGGCUUUCCUAGCCAAAGGAAGUAAUUAUCAAAUGGGGGAAUUCUUGUGGCAAAUCCUGUAAAUAAAACAUUUUAUACUUAAA